GCCUUGUCUUUCUUUUUGCAGUGAAACUGCUGAAUCGAUUGACUCGUGUGGUUGCUGCAGGUUGUGCCGUUCGUGUUGUGCCCACACCGGAAAGAUGCCCACUGUUGGAUCGGAGAAGAAAGGCGCAGCGGGCGGCGUGAACGCGGAGGGCGGCGCGGAUGCUGCGCUUUACUUGGAAACAAAACUGAGUGACGCCGUGCGCAACAGCAUUGAGGCGGUGCUGCACAAUCGUCCGCGCGAGCCGAUUCGCGCUCUCGCGCAGUCGCUUCGUGCGCACCACGACACGUCUUCUGCCUCUACCGUUGACCUGGAACAGGCUCCACGCGCGGUGAAAGCGGUCGUUGACGCCUUCUACUCUGUCAUUGGCCAACGUACAGCUACAGCUCCCACCCCACCUCUUUCCCUACGCCUUCAUGACGACAAGCCGCAUCGGGUACGACCCCUUGCAGCCGACUUUGACCGCCGGUACGCGAGGCAGGGCGGCAAUUACCCCCUCUCGCCUCCGCCCCCAUCGUUUCCUUCCCUUCUCUAUCGAGAGGCCGCUUCGGUCUUCGAGGUGGGCUCGUGCCUACGCCGCCUGCGGCAGCUCUCUCCACAGGCACCACUUCUCCUCUUUAUCGAGUCUCCCCCGCCAAACCUCCCCGUCUUCUUUUACGAAGGCAUCCCCUACGGCUGCUCCGCCGAGGAUCCCGAAUCCUGCGCGGCAGUGACGACGAUGGAUGUCACGGAACAGGUGCGCGCCGCCCUGUCAAGUUGCGGUGGUAGAGUGCAGAGCUUUGAAGAAGCUCUCCGCAGCGCGGCGGCAGAAGUGGCCUCGGCGGUGGGCGUUGAGCUGCUUCCUUCUGUCCAGACGAACUGUUUAGCCGCGUUCGACCAGGUCACAAGUGCCUUAGAAGAAGCCGUUGCCGAGAGCGAGGAGCGUGCACGCGCUGCUGACGAGCGGGCAGGGACACGUGCAGGGGAGCCAGUGCCGCCGCUGUUGCUUCCCUACGUGCUACUGGUGAGCUACAGGGCUGAAACGGCGCGCCUCACCCAUGCGCGUCUAUUGGCAGCCUACGGUCCCUACUACGAGGCGGCACAGCGGCGAGCGUUGUGGGCGCUGCGUCACGGCCAGCUGGAGCGCAAACAGCAGUUCACCUUUGCCUUCGCGGUGGAGUAUUGGGCGCAGGUGCAGCGUCGCCGUGAAACAUGCAGCAGCGGCGCGGCAUUCACGAAGGCGGCUUCUCAGUCGUCUGUCGGUGCUGGUGCGGCGGUGGCGGCCGAUGCCGUUGAAAAGGAGCGCCUGAGUGCAGAUGCGGUGACGACGACCGCCGCUGAGGUGAAAGCGCGGGCGAUGGUAAAGCGGGCAGCCGCCCGUUCUGCGAAGCGCAGCUUGCCCUCCUACGACGCUGACCACCAAGCCGAGGAUGAUGUUUUCCUCGUGGUGAUUCGCCGCCUGGAACAUGCCGCGGCCACGCUGAUUCAGUCGGUGUACCGCGGCCACAGAGCUCGGGUGCGAUGCCAACAAACGCGUCGCGUGCUCUCCUCACAAACCGAGCGAACUUGUGCGUACGGCCCACCGAUGGUUCAAGAUGCUGUUGUGUUUGGUGUGGACACGACCCCGCCGUUGCUGCGCGCCUCGUUGAUACGUCUGUGCGAGGAGGGCAAGAGGUUCCAGGAUGUGUGGGCCAAUUUUCCAACUUCUUCUCCCCCUGACAGCCGCCGAUGCUGGAUAUACCGCCCGGUCCAACACACAGUGAAAGCCACGCUACCCACAAACGAUGCUGCAGGGUCUGUCCACCCGAAAGACACAGGCAAGAGCGAAGUCACUCGCACACGGGAGGAUUGGGUGCAGGAGGAACUCCUUAUUCCACCACUGCGGGCGACGCAGCCGCGCGUACGCAUCAACCUGGCGCAGCGUCUAGUGGACUACCUUGCGGUUGCGCAGUGCACGCUGUUGCGGGACACGGUGCAGCUCUUCGCUGACAGCCCGGGCAUGUCAGUUCUGCAGCGCCGCGCGUACGACAGCAUCAAGUCCAUCUGUCUGACGCUCUUCUUCGUCGCGUACUCGGAGCUGCGGCAGCGCGAGCGCAAAGCCGUUCCGCCGACGUUUUCAAAGUACAUGCGCGAGAUGCAUGAGGCGGUCUUGACGUGGUUCCAGUUCCCGCACGAGAGCUCACUGCUUCUGCGGGCGGUACGUGAGUGUGGCGGGGUAGAAGGGAACACUCCAGAGCGAGCUGCAGCAGCGUACGUGCACAUGAGGCUUGUCGCUCGGGAAAUGUUUCUUGUGGCCUGCCCUCAGGCGAAGACUUCAGCUUCCGCGGACGUUCAAACUGGGGGCGAGGGGCUGAUGCGUCUUUCGACACACCUCUUUCUCUCCCCACAGCCGUUCCUUCCGCACGCCCAAUGGACGAAAGAGCUGGGUGCCCUGGCACACACGUUAGUGGGACUGAGCCCGGCCGCAGGGUCUGCCAGCACCGACAAUCCCACCGCGACGGUGAAUUGGUGGAGCAUCGCGCCAGUGCCGUCGUGCAGCGUCGAAGGCACGCCCGUGGCUGCCAUUGGUCGGUGGGACACGCAGAUGUUGGACGGAGCGCCCGCCUACGACUGCUUCGUUCCGCGUGUACGAACCGUGGCGGCAGACAGCGUCACGGAAAGGGCGGCGGCCGCAGCACCGUCGUACUCAGCUAGAGUUGGCCCCGCAGAUGUUGUCGUCGCUGCUGCGACUGCUGCUGCAAUAGAUGACGCGUCGGCGACAGAGGCGGUGGGGGAGUGGCUGCGCGGCGACCUCGCGGACGCUGCCGACGGCGCACUCGCUCAACACACGCGCUCCAUGGUCUCCCGUGACGGCUACUUAGAAUGCUACCAAGACUCCACCAAGCAGAAGGCAUCCGCCAGCUCUAGCACCGGUGCCUCCUUCACGUCGUUCAUCGCCGUUCCUCACGACGCUGUUCUCACGAAGUACCUCGCGGUGAGACCCGCGCACGCAACAGUGUUGCACGUGCAGGCCUACACCGAGGACAGUUCCAGCUUCCGCGCGGACGAACGCGUGUCCACCGCCGUCGGAUCUCCGACCACGCGACGCCGCUCGAUCGAGCGCCGUGGCGGUUGGGGGCGGGUGAUGGAGGCCGUCGCGAACGAGCUCGCCGCCUCGCAACAGAACAGCCCCCUCCGAUCUUCCAUCAUGAACUCCCCGCGCGCGGGCAUGAGCGGCUUUGGCAGGAGCCGGCAGGUAACGCCACAAUUGUCCCCAAGCGCCGCCGGUUCUACCAGUACGGCUGAUUCUCAGGAGGUGUCCAACACGAUGGACAACAAGGCAGCGACAUUGAAGCUCGAAGAGAGCGAGGUUCAGCCUACUCCUGUUACUACUGCUACUAAUGUCGCUACUGCCGACAUUCCACACGGGCCCCAAAAUACUACGUGGGCGGUGCGGACGGUCACCGAGGUGGCAAACGCGGUAGCUGCCAGCUCACCGGUUGUUACAAUGCGCCACACUCGACGAGCGCUGCGAUUUUUACCGGGUCUGGAGGGUGCGAAGCAGUUGGACACCUUUGUGGACGCGGUGGCGACCGCUAUGAUGAUGAACAACAGUGCGUCCAAUGUGACGUGUCUCGUGCUGGGACUCGAUGUCGCCUCACAGGCGUUCUUCGCUUUGGCCGCAAUGCUCGUCGACCACCGCCUGCACAAUAACCGUAAGCCCUUCCUAUGUCGACGUCUAGUGACAGAGGGGUGA